AUGGAGGAGGCGCCCGCAAGCCCCAGUGCCGCCAAUCGCAGCUGGGGGUCGGGUGUCUCCAGCCGCCACUGGGGCACGUCCACGGAUGGGGAGGGCAGCUCUGGCGUCCUCCUUGCUCACGUCCACCCAGCCGUCCAGUCCCAGGUGGCCGGCUCCGGGGGCGGCAAAGGAGCCGAGAGUCACUCGGUGGUCGCAGCUCUUGGGUCGGUCGGGGUCUCCUCGGUAGGCGGCGACGACGGCGGCAGCGGCAGAGCGACAGCUCGGUCGGCCAAUGGCCUGCGGCAUCGCCAGGCAGCCCGGGCCCUUCCGCGCGAGGGCCGGGCUGCGCGCUGCUCCGCCGGGCUGGGGGGCCGCGGCGACCGGGGGCAUCGCCGUCCCCUGCCCGGUCACCGAGGGCCAGCGGGGCGCUGGGGGAGGCCGGGAGCGGCGCUCCGGGAGCUGUCCGGCGCCCUGGUGCUGAACGGCGCCUGGAGGCCGUGGGAUUGCCGGCUGCGGCGCGGGGAGGAGCAGCAGCAGCAGCAGCAGCUGGAGGGGCCGCCGCAGCCGCCCCCGCCACGGGCGCCGGGCAGGAAGCGGCCCGAUUGCCCCCGAGCCCGGGCCGCUUCUGGGCACUGGCUGGGCGCUCGGCCUCGUCUGCGCAAAGCAGCCACCGCAGCUCGCAGCCGGAACCUCGGGACUCGGGCGCUGCGCGGGCGGCGUUCGGCGAAGGCGUCCACUUGCACCCAGCAGCAGGUCACAGAGAACAGCAAGCCAACGAAUGCCAGUUAUAAAAAGGCCGUUGAGCCAGCCAAGAGGUUACCCAGCCCUAAAGAUUCCGCCGGGCUGUUCGCCACCGACUACUUCACGCGGACCCCCCGCAAGCUGAACCCCUUCCGCUCCGUCACCAGCAUCGAGCUCUUCCACUUCCGCGUCCCCGAGGACACGGUCAUGGCGGUCUGGAACCUCAUCACCUUCAAAGAGCAGGGCGGCACCUUCGGGGACCACUGCCCCGACCGGAGCGUCACCGUGUAUUUCCGUUCUGGGGCGCCCCCCGUCAUCAACCCGCUGCACACCCACUUCCCAAGGGACACGGCUGUGCCUGGCUCCUUUUCUCUCACCCUCACCUGGACGCUGCCGAACAGGACCACCGGGGUCUUCAACAUCAGCCGCCCGCUGCCUGGAGACUGGUUCCUGGCCGCCCACCUGCCCCGGGAACAGGGCAAGAUCUCUGUCAAGGGGCUCGCCGAGGACUGCCAGUACCUCUUCCAGCCGCAGCUCAUCGUGCAGCGCCUGGUCGGCAUCGGGGUGCUGUACCCCGGCUACGUGACGGAGCACGUCCUCGCCCCACACAACCGCUCCCUGCUCUACAAGGUCUUCAUCCCCAGCUACACCGCCCGGGUGCUGGUGCAGCUGCGGAACUGCCGGGGGGCCAACCAGAGCGGCGAGGGCUGCCCGCUGUGGCUGAAGGUGCGGGGCAAGGCGCCCCCGCUGCACAACUCCUCGGCGGCCGACUGCCGCGCGCUGGACCCCUGCCACCUGGCCCUGGAGCUGCCCUUCUGGCAGAACUGGUACUACGUGCUGGUGGAGAAGGGCCCGGCCGUGGCCGGCAGCGUCAGCUUCCAGCUGCUGGUGCAGCUGAAGGACUGCUCCCGCACGGGCCUCGCCCGGCCCCUCCUGCUGCUGCCCGGCUCCAGCCUGAACAUGCCCCACUCCUUCGGCUCCCCUGGGGGGCCCGCCCCGGCAGACGUCCCCUCCCCCUCCCCCUCCCCCUCCCCCCCGAGCGGCACGCAGCCGCCAGCCCCCACCCCCCUGGCCCCGGCAGGCGGGCGCUGCUGGCCCAUCCGGCCCACGCUGCGCAACGAGCUGGACACCUUCUCCGUGCACUUCUACAUCUUCUUCGGGCCCAACGUCUCGGUGCCGCCGGACCGCCCGGCCGUCUUCGCCAUCCACCUGCUGCCUGUGCUGGACAGCGGCGGCACCCUGAACCUGGAGCUCAAGCUGAAUGUGUCCUCCCUGCGGGCAGAAAAUGCCACGGUGUUUGCCUGCUUGAACCAUGAGGUCCCGCUGGCAUCCGAAGAGAACGCGUCCAUCACCUGUGAGACAGAGCUGCUGGCGGGCUUCCUUCUGUCCAUCAGUGCCGCAGCCCCCCUCACCCGCCUGCGCAUCCCCUACCCGCAGACGGGGAGCUGGUACCUGAGUCUGCGCUCGCUCUGCGCUGAGGCAGGCGUGGGCCCACGGCUGCAGCCCUGCGGGAACGUGACGGCCGAGGUGUACCUGCGCGCCUACCUCUCGCCCUGCGUGGACGACUGCGGCCCCUACGGGCAGUGCAAGCUGCUGCGCACCAACAACUACCUGUACGCGGCCUGCGAGUGCAAAGCCGGCUGGCGCGGCUGGGGCUGCACGGACGCCGGCGCCGCCUUCUCCUACGGCUUCCAGCUGCUCUCCACGCUCCUGCUCUGCCUCAGCAACCUCAUGUUCGUCCCGCCCGUGGUCAUCGCCGUGCGGAGCCGCUGCCUGCUCGAGGGCGCCGUGUACCUCUUCACCAUGUUCUUCUCCACCUUCUACCAUGCCUGCGACCAGCCCGGCAUCGUGGUCUUCUGCAUCAUGGACUAUGACGUCCUGCAAUUCUGCGACUUCUUGGGCUCCCUCAUGUCCGUUUGGGUCACCGUCAUCGCCAUGGCCCGGCUCCAGCCAGUUAUCAAACAGGUGCUGUACCUGCUGGGGGCCAUGCUGCUCUCCAUGGCCCUGCAGCUGGACCGCCAUGGCCUCUGGAACCUGCUGGGGCCCAGCCUCUUCGCCUUGGGGAUCAUGGCCAUCGCCUGGACGGCCCGCAGCAUCCGCCGGCGGCACUGCUACCCCCCCACGUGGCAGCGCUGGACCUUCCGCCUGCUGCCCGGAGCGCUGAUCGCGGCCGCCGCGGUGCUGCUCUACGCCUUCGUCGAGACGGAGGAGAACUACUUCUACAUCCACAGCAUCUGGCACAUGCUCAUCGCCGGCAGCGUGGGCUUCCUGCUGCCCCCGUGCGCCAAGCCCGGGGCCGCCGGCCUCGCCGGCCCGCUGCCCCGCAGGAAGGGCUGCGGCUACCAGCUCUGCACCAACGAGCAGGAAGAACUGGGCCUGGUGGACCCCAUCGCCGGAGCCUCCGUCACCAGCGUCUGCACGAGCUGA